AUGAGCACCAACGAGAACGGUGCAUCAGACGCGAGCGAGGAGGAAACACGUCGAUCUUCACUGAUCCGUUCCAGCGCUUUUGGCCCCUCUCAUCUCUUCGCUCCUCCGCCAACGCAGAGCGUACCGUCAGCGCCAUCGCAGCAUCCCGGGACGCCGUCAUUUCCACAAGCGGGAUCAGCACCGAAUCCCGAAACUGCUGCGCUUUACCAAAUGUUGCAGUUAAUGCAACAACAAAUGUCCCAGCAGCAGCAAAUGAUGGCACAAAUGAUGCAAAUGCACACGACACAGCGUAACCCGGAAUCCCAGCAUCAGCAGCAGCCGCUUAGCCCGCAGCAGCCCGAGCUCAUCAUGGAAGCCUUGGCGCGCAGCUUAAUAGAGUUUCGGUACGAGGCCGAAUCCAACGUAACGUUUGAAGCAUGGUAUGCCCGUUACGAGGAUUUAUUUAAGCAGGACGCCUCCCGACUCGACGAUGCGGCUAAAGUUCGCCUGCUACUAAGGAAGCUAGGAACGAUGGAACACUCUCGCUAUUCCAAUUACAUCCUGCCCCGUCUUCCGCGCGACGUAUCUUUCGAGGAAACAGUGUGUAUCCUGAAGUCGCUGUUUGGAUCCGCUGAAUCCAUCGUUAGCAAGCGUUACCAGUGUAUGCAGCUAGCAAAAACGCGCUCGGAGGAUAUUCUAGCGUUCAUUUGCCGCGUGAACCGUUCAUGCGUCGAUUUUCAAUUUUCAUCGAUGAACGAGGACCAGUUCAAGUGCUUGAUAUUAUGUUUGGGUCAGCCGCCGUUAAACGCCGCAAGUGUCUGCGCAAAGACCGCAUCUGGUGAUGCACUACAGCUCGAUGGGGAAUUCGAAGCGGAAAUCACGCUCGCUGGCAAAAGAAUGAACGCUACAGUCCGGGUUGCUCCAGCCGACGUGAAGCUGUUCGGCGCCGAUCUGAUCGAGCUUUUCGAUCUCGGUUCCAUACCCAUGGACGCGUUCUGCAGCGUGAUAGGGUCCGAACCCUUUGUGAAGAAGCCCGAAACCGAAUACGUCAUCGCCAGCCUCGAACUAGAAAACGACAGACGUUGA